AUGAAGUUCACCACUGCAUUCACCAUCUUGGCCGCGGUCGCCCUCACCAACGCCCGUGUGCUCCGACGUGCCCCUCAGGCCAACUCUCAGACCUUCACUGGUGCCUUGGGAGGAGUCGAAGCCACUCCCAUUCUCGAUUCCGGCAACGAGGACCGUCCCUUCGAAGUCAAUGGCGCCACGUUCGUCAACCUCGGGGCUGCCCUCCAGCGAUCUUGCGACCAACAGUUCAACGGCUGCGCAAACUUGGCCAACUCUGGCCAGGGCGACUUUGACACCUCCGAGUGCCAGGCUCAGAAGGAUUUACGUAUGUUAUGCCAGAGAUCAAACGAUCCAGAAUGUAUGAAAUUUGAUGACCCUCCAAAUAACUUCCACUGUUGUUACUUGAAUCCCAAGAUGAAGUAG